ACCGUGGUCAGGUCUCACCGUGGUCAGAUCUCACCGUGGUCACGGUGGUCAGAUCUCACCGUGGUCACCGUGGUCAGAUCUCACCGUGGUCACCGUGGUCAGAUCUCACCGUGGUCAGAUCUCACCGUGGUCACCGUGGUCAGAUCUCACCGUGGUCACCGUGGUCAAAUCUCACCGCGGUAAGAUCUCACCGUGGUCACCGUGGUCAGAUCUCACCGUGGUCAGAUCUCACCGUGGUCACCAUGGUCAGAUCUCACCGUGGUCAGAUCUCACCAUGGUCAGAUCUCACCGUGGUCAGAUCUCACCAUGGUCAGAUCUCACCGUGGUCAGAUCCCACCGUGGUCACAGUGGUCAGAUCUCACCGUGGUCAGGUCACACCGUGGUCACAUCUCACCGUGGUCAGGUCUCACCGUGGUCACCGUGGUCAGGUCUCACCGUGGUCAGGUCACACCGUGGUCACCGUGGUCAGAUCUCACCGUGGUCAGGUCACACCGUGGUCACCGUGGUCAGAUAUCACCGUGGUCAGAUCUCACCGUGGUCACCGUGGUCAGAUCUCACCGUGGUCAGGUCUCACCGUGGUCACCGUGGUCAGAUCUCACCGUGGUCAGAUCUCACUGUGGUCACCGUGGUCAGAUCUCACCGUGGUCAGAUCUCACUGUGGUCACCGUGGUCAGAUCUCACCGUGGUCACCGUGGUCAGAUCUCACCGUGGUCAGGUCUCACCGUGGUCACCGUGGUCAGAUCUCACCGUGGUCACCGUGGUCAGGUCUCACCGUGGUCACCGUGGUCAGAUCUCACCGUGGUCAGGUCUCACUGUGGUCACCGUGGUCAGAUCUCACCGUGGUCAGAUCUCACCGUGGUCAGAUCUCACCGUGGUCACCGUGGUCAGAUCUCACCGUGGUCACCGUGGUCAGGUCUCACCGUGGUCACCGUGGUCAGAUCUCACCGUGGUCACCGUGGUCAGGUCUCACCGUGGUCAGAUCUCACCGUGGUCAGAUCUCACCGUGGUCACCGUGGUCAGAUCUCACCGUGGUCAGAUCUCACCGUGGUCACCGUGGUCAGGUCUCACCGUGGUCAGGUCUCACCGUGGUCAGAUCUCACCGUGGUCAGAUCUCACCGUGGUCAGGUCUCACCGUGGUCAGAUCUCACCGUGGUCACCGUGGUCAGGUCUCACCGUGGUCAGAUCUCACCGUGGUCAGAUCUCACCGUGGUCAGAUCUCACCGUGGUCACCGUGGUCAGAUCUCACCGUGGUGAUCUCACCGUGGUCACCGUGGUCAGAUCUCACCGUGGUGAUCUCACCGUGGUCACCGUGGUCAGAUCUCACCGUGGUCAGAUCUCACCGUGGUCAGAUCUCACCGUGGUCACCGUGGUCAGGUCUCACCGUGGUCAGAUCUCACCGUGGUCAGAUCUCACCGUGGUCACCGUGGUCAGAUCUCACCGUGGUGAUCUCACCGUGGUCACCGUGGUCAGAUCUCACCGUGGUGAUCUCACCGUGGUCAGAUCUCACCGUGGUCAGAUCUCACCGUGGUCACCGUGGUUAGGUCGCCAGACGUUCGACUCGUUUUUCUUCUAUGAAAAGAAACUUGAUGUUUUUAUUAUAAAUAUGAAACUGAUGUUUUGUCUUCGUUGUUUUUUUUUGACUUGUGUUCCAACAAAUACUUGAAUUUCUUAUUAAAAAAAAUAAAAAAAGAAGCUGUUUAGAGUUAAAGUAGUGAAAGAUAAAUAAAUCAAUGGACACUGGAUAAUGCUCCUCCUUCUUUUCUUUACAACUUUAUCCUGGAUGUUUUCGUGAUAAAGACCUGAAACCAGAAGAGGAAGUUUGUGAAAUGUUUGAGGACGUGGUUGUAAAUAAAGCUUUUAAAAAUCUCUGAGAAA